GUGAACAGCGACAAGGUGUACUGGCAGCGGCAGCCGCACGGCGGCUUCGCGGUCGUGCACGUGGAGCAGGGCGCCAUCGGCCGCAGGAUCAGCACGCUGGGCGCCGGCUCUGCGGCCAGAGUGGACAUCACUGACCAGUACAAGCACCCCGAGGGUCAGAUCAGCACGCUGGGCGCCGGCUCUGCGGCCAGAGUGGACAUCACUGACCAGUACAAGCACCCCGAGGGCUCGGAGGAGGAGCGCCGCGCCGUCGCGGCCGCCACGUCGCACGGCUCCCGCCCUCGGCAGCGCGGCCCCGCCUCGGCCGGGGAGGUGACGCUGGCGCUGACGUCCGGCCCGGCCGUGGCCGGAGCGGAGCUGGAGCUGCGGGCGGCGCUGGGCAACGCGGGGGCGGAGCCGCGGACGCUGCGGCUGCGGCUGUCGCUGUGCGCCGUGCGUUACACCGGCGUGGCCGCAGCCGCCUUCCGGCAGGAGCAGCACCGCCGGACGCUGCCGCCCGGGCAGGAGGACACGGUGACCAUGACGGUGGCCUACGCCGAGUACCAGCCCCACGUGGGGCACCAGGACGCGCUGAAGCUGACGGUGGCGGCGGCCGUGCAGGAGACGGGGCAGGUGCUGGCCAAGGAGCUGCUGGUGCGGCUGCACACGCCCGAGCUCACGCUCACGCUGCUGGGCCCGGCCGUGGUGGGCCAGGAGGUGCCGGUGCAGGUGGUUUUCCAGAACCCUCUACCGGAGCCGCUGACCGGAGCCUCGCUGAGGAUGGAGGGCGCCGGGAUCUCCUGCCCCAAACCGGUGUCGCUGGGGUCGCUGGGGGCGGGGCAGACGCUGCGGCUCAGCCAAUCAGUGACGCCGCUGCGCGCAGGGCAGCGCCGCCUGGCGGCCACGCUGGAGAGCGCAGCGCUGCCGCCGCUGACCGGCAGCGUCCAGUUCGCCGUGGCCGCGGGGGAAACUGGGGAAACUGGGGAAACUGGGAAUGCUGGGAGCGCUGGGAAUGCCGGGAGGAGGAGGAGGAGGAGGAGGGGGAGGCCGGGAGGCAGCACGGGGGGGUGA